CUCAAUUCUACACAAACCAUUGCCUUCAAACUUGAGCAACCUAUCAAAAUGCAAAAGCCAAAGCAAAACUCAAAGCUUCUCUUCUUCUACCUCCCAAUACUUGCCUGUUUCUUCCCAUGCAUUUGCAAUUCUUCAGAGCAAAAUGGAGGAGUUGAUGAUGAGAAUAUUCAUGGGAUGUUUGUUUUUGGAAGCUCUCUGGUUGACAAUGGCAAUAACAACUUCCUCCAAAACUCAAGGGCUAAAGCUAACUAUUUGCCUUAUGGAAUAGACUUCCCUUUUGGUCCUUCUGGUAGAUUCACAAAUGGAAAGAAUGUGAUUGAUCUUCUUUGUGAUCAGCUUCAUCUUCCUUUAAUCCCAGCUUUUGCUGAUCCUUCAACCAGGGGAAGGAGAAUUAUUCAUGGUGUCAACUUUGCUUCUGGUGCUUCUGGGAUACUUGAUGACACUGGCUCACUUGCUGGAGAAGUGAUCAGCUUGAAUCAGCAGAUGAGGAACUUUGAGGAGGUGACAUUGCCAGAAUUAGAAAUUGAAAUGGGUAUGCAAACUAGGAAAUUACUUAGAAAAUAUUUGUUUGUGGUAGGAACUGGAGGCAAUGAUUACUCUUUCAACUACUUCCUGAGGCCUUUCAAUGAAACUGUCAGUCUUCAAGUCUUCACUGCUAACCUCACUGACUCAUUAUCUAAGCAGCUUGAGAAAUUGUACAAUUUAGGUGGUAGAAAAUUUGUGUUGAUGUCAGUCAAUCCAAUUGGGUGCUAUCCAAUGGUCAAGGCCAUCCAAGGGGCUAGAAAUGGCAGCUGCAACGAAGCUCUGAACAGCGCAGCCCACCUCUUCAAUGCUCAUCUCAAAUCACUAGUGGAUGCCACCAAGCCUAAAUUGCCUGGUUCUGAUCUUGUCUUCAUCAAUUCAUACAAGAUCAUUGAAGACAUUAUUAAAAACCCUGUCUCCAGAGGAUUUAAAGACACAAGCAAUGCUUGCUGUGAAGUGGAAUCUUUAAGCAAAGGUGGGAAUGGCAUGUUAUGCAAAAAAGAUGGCAACUUGUGUGAAGAUAGAAGUAAUCAUGUGUUCUUUGAUGGGUUGCAUCCGACAGAAGCUGUGAAUGUUCUAUUAGCAACUAAGGCUUUUAGUUCUACUACAAAAUCUGAAGCUUAUCCUAUGAAUGUCAAACAACUUGUCAUGUAUUAGCUAGGUUUAUAGGUUACUGGGUUUUUCUCCUAUUGUAUUCAAUAAUAAUAAACUCGUUAUAUUGUAUUCA